AUUGUUUUUUUUGCCUGUUUUCAUCAGAGAAAUAGGAUAUUUCUUCAGUAGUAUCGAAGGGAACACGACGGUAGAUGAGUUUUUUAGUUGAGUGGCCACUCAACUUUAAGAGGCCUCUACGACUCCUCAAAAUGUUCAGGACACAUUUCUCUAUCUGCUCUGAUAAUUUGAGAAAAAUCUGUGACAGUUCAUUGAGCAACUUCGUUCGUCUCUAUCGUGCACUGCGUCCUAAGGAACUUUUUGUCGAAAAAAAUUUUUUUUCGAAUUCGACCUUUUUUACUUCUGCUAAUAUCUGACGCAUAGUAAGAUCAUAUUAUGCCGAAAUAAUCAUUUCCUAACUCCAAAAAUCAGAUGUUCGCCUGCUCUAUGGGAAAUGUCCACUGUGAGACCCCUUAAAGGGACGGUUUUAUUUUAGGGUUUUUCUUCGACGGUUCGAAAGGUUUUGUUCCUAUGGUUUUAACUUUUACGGUUUUACUUUCAUUGUUUUUCUUUUAUACUUUUGUAUUGUACGGUUUUCAUAAUGUAGUUUUAUACUUUAUGGUUCUUCUACUCGGUUUUCUUUCAAUGGUUGCGGAUUUUACAGUUUUUCUUAAGAUUUUUUUCCACCGUGUGGGUUUUGAAGAUUUUAAAAAUCGAUCAAAAUUCCUAGUUUUUAUUAGUUAUUCUCAGUCUAACGGAUUGCUGCCUUCUUCACGUUCUUUCUUCUGAUAUAUUUGAAGUUCAGUUUCAGUCUACGUUUGACUUUUCAUAAUUGUUAGAUGAGUAGUGAAAGUUCAAAUUUUCAGCCCUUAAAGUUACGUCCUUACAAUCAAGAGAACAACUACUUUUAUUCGAACAAAUUGAGUGAACAAUUGUUGAACAAAUUGAAUUGCUUCAUAUUAUAUUAAAUUCUGUUGAUAGCCGAUAAAGAAGAAAAUGAACGAACUUGAGGAAAGUGAUCCAUCAACAUUACAUUUAAAUUUUGCAAUGUCGUCAAAUCAUAAUGAUAAUAAACGUUAUCUUAACCAUUCAAUCGUCGCUAUUUAUACAAAAAAUGUUAAAGAAACAGAAAUUCUAUUUGACAAUAUCAAAGAUAAAUAUCAAUCGCCUGUUGUUAUAUGUUAUGAAUCAGGUGUGGCUAGAAAUGAAAGAAAAUCUCGUUUGAAAGCAAUUCAGUCAUUUAUUGCUGCCGCGGAUGAUAAUCAUAUUUAUUCCCGAUUAAAAAACUGGAUAUUUUUUACCAAAUCUGAUAAAUAUCAUAAUUAUGUGAAAUCGGUAUCGACAAAAAAUAUUAUAAUAAUAAUACUAAGUCGUUCGUUGUCAACUGAUCUAUUAUUGUUACAAAUGAUUAAACAUCCUCAUAUCUACUUGAGAUCACAGUUAAAGCAGAUUUAUGGUUUACAUUUGACGCAUGAACGUCAUACUAAACGAUUAUGGAUAGCGGGUCAAAAAGAAAUUCAUUAUUUUACUGAUAAAAAUGUUUUAUAUUCAAAAUUAACAGAAAAUAUUACUGAAUAUACUGAUAGAGACGUCAUUGUUGAAAAUGAUAAUUCUCAAAUGUCAUUAAGAGAUGCAAAAAAAAUUAAGUUUGAAAUUUUAACAAUUGUUAUAAGUCAAAUAAAACAAACCUAUGAAUCAAAACAAGAAAUGUUAGCAGAAUGUCGAUCAUAUUACAAUCAUGAGAAAGAUCGCAAUGAAGCUCAGCUAAAGAUGAUUGAUCAAUUUGAACGUGAAUAUAUAUCUGAUCGAGCGAUUUAUUGGUUUACACGAAAUUGUUUUUUAUAUCGUAUAGUAAAUUAUGUAGGCCGAACAGAAAACAUUGAUCUACUUUAUUCAUUACGAUAUUAUAUAAGCGAUCUACAACGACAAUUAGAACAAUUGCAUUUGACAUCGCCAGUUGUUACACCAUUAGUGGUGUAUCGUGGUCAAGUGAUGGAUCGUAAUGAAUUAGAAGAAUAUAAAUAUAAUAUUGGUAAUUAUUAUGCAACAAAUACAUUUAUGUCAACCACACGAUCACAAGAUGUAGCUUUGACUUUUGCUGGGGAUGAGUAUAGCGACAAAGAACGAGUUUUAUUUUAUAUGACAAUUGAUACACAUGAAAAUAUGCCAUCAUUUGCUUCAAUAAAAUAUAUCAGUGCUAUGCCUGACGAAGAUGAAAUAUUACUAUCCAUAGGUUUCACAUUUAAAAUUAAUUCAGUUCAAAAAUCAACAACAUCAAAUAUUUGGAUCAUAAAAAUGGUAGCUGCUGCUGAUAUAGAUUACAUGACAGCUAAAAUGAAAAAAGAAUUUCACCAAUUUCAUAUUGAUAUUCAGACAGUUCCAUCAUUACUCAUGAUCGGAAAUUUACUAUUACAAAUGGAUGAAGUAGAGAAAGCAGAGCAAUAUUAUCGUAUGUUUAUUGAAACAGAAUCAUUGCCGAAUUCAACUCACCUAAUCAAUGCAUAUAAAGGUAUUGGUCAUGCUUGUAUAAAACAAUGUCAAUAUUCAACAGCAUUAGAGAACUAUGAAUUAGCAAUUCGAAUAUGUCUUGAACAUUUUGAUGGUGAUAAGCAUUCAUUAAUUCGUAUAAAUUAUCAAAACAUUGCUGACGUAUAUCUGUCAAUGUUCGAUUACAAAUCUGCUAUUAAUUAUUAUGAAAAAAUGCUAGCAUUCAUAAAAUACGAACAAAGUAUACCUUAUAGACGACAAUUAGAAUGUAUAACAUAUCAUCGAAUUGCUCUUGCUUAUACUCGACAAAAAAAUUAUUUAACAGCAAUUGAUUAUCACAAACGAUCAGUUCAUUUACAACUGACCCAUGGUUCAUAUGAUUGGCUUCUUUCAGGUACUUAUUAUUUACUUGGAUCUACAUAUGAAUUAAAUGAUGAGUAUAAAUUAGCGAAAGAUUUUUAUGAAAAAGCAUAUGAAAUUGAACGAAAUGAAAUUUACUAUGAAUACGUAAUAAAAGUAGAACACAAAAUUAAAGAAAAAGCAGAAAAAAUACGUAAAAAAAUUAAAGAGUUUUCCUGGGCCAUAAUUGUGGGCGUAAUUUUCGCUUCAUGUAUGCUUUGUUUGAUGGCCUUGAUGAUUCGUUAUGUACCAUCAAAUGUCAUUAUUACAUUUUAUGUUCUUUUGUUUACACUAUCGGUCAUUCUCGUGAUAUUUGUAUUUCUUUAUGAUGAAUUACAUUCCUCGGAUGAUUAUAUUGAAUCGGUAAUAAAUCAUUCAUCAAACCUUGGCCUAUUAAAUUAUUAUGCUAUCUCAUCGUUAAUUAUGCUCUUAUCCCGAUAA